GCUUAUACUAUUGCAAUUGUUUCGGUUUUCCUUUUUCGUGUCACAAAAAAUAUGGCAUCUGCAGAGGUGUCUCCCAUUGAAAAUGGAAGACAUGAAUCAUUUGACUCUUCAGAAUUUAGUUUGAUUCCUCCCCCAGUAGAUGGAGAGGAGGAGAGAGAAAUGGCCAAUAGCCAGUAUGAUUUGGGAAGUGCCUUUCCCAUUCAGGAUUUGAGUAAUGUGGAAAUUCAAAAGCGUCUUGUAGAAUUAGUUGAAGACAAUGAGUCCAUGAAAGAGGCUCUGAAAUAUAAUAAUGCAUUGAUGAAGGACCAAUUGCGUACCAUCUCAGAGUGGCACAGCCAAAUGACUGCAUCUUUGUCGCAGCAGAGAUUGUCUUUGGAAGAAGCUCAUUUGAAAAUUGAGGAGCUUGAAAAAGAGAAUACAGAACUACGUCAAAAAUCGUUCACUAUCUCCCAGCGUGAAAAUUCACCUUGCAGUGACAAUGAAUUAGAUUUUGAAAUCAUACAAGCAAAAAAAUUCAAAGAAGAAGAGGAAGUAAAACAACAGUUGAAAGAAACAGAAAAAAAAGUUUCAGAACUUCUGCAGCUAGUUGAAACACAGAAUGCAGAGAUUAACAACCUGAAAUUGGUUUGUGAAACAAAAGAUAAAGAAAAUGCUGAUCUCAAAGGUCAACUUUCUGAUCACAAUGAACUCAAGUCAAGAUGUGAAAAUUUGGGACUUAAGAUGAAAUCAUGUGAAGAGACUACAAAUCAAAUACAAAAAUUAGAUGAAGAACAAGUGAAACUAUUAACUGCUCUGCAGGAAAUUGAUAGUAAAUUUGCUCAGGAGCAGAAUGCACUUGAAAGAGAGAGAAUGAGUCAUUCUGAGACUAAGAAACUCUUGAGGGAUCUUCAAGAAAAAUACAACAGAAUUGAUAAACUUCUGCAGAUUGAAUCAAAGGAUCAAAAAGAAAAAAGUGAACAAUUCUUAAGACGAGAGCAGGAGGCAAAAAGAGCUCUAGAACAAAUUGAUGAACUGACAGCUAAGUUGUUUGACUUUGAACAACAAUUGGAAGAGAAAGAUAGAGAGAUUAGAAUGCUUUCUAAUCAGCUUGAAGCAGCCAGUCGAGAAUCAGAGGAAAUUCCCAUCCUCAAAGCACAAUUGGAUGUCUACAAGAUAGAGUUAAAUAAUGAAAAGGAAGCUUCUCAGAAAAAUAUUCAGAGAUUGACUCAAGAACUUAGUGAUCUCCAAACUGCAGUAUCUUUCUGCUCUAGCUGUGGUGCUGGAAAUGCCCAUGCAGAUGCAGCAGCAAGAGCCAAAGGACGUCGGAGACAAGGUUCUAGCCGUCAAGAGGUGGCUAUGCUUACAUGUCCUUUGUGCCAGUUUGGAUUCAAAGAUGUUCAAUCACUUGAGAAUCAUGUUAAUAGUUGCCUAGACAAAGCUCAGUGAUUUUCUUUAGCUCAGAGAGUCGUAUUUUAAGUAUUUUAGCAGAGUAUAAUCUUGUUUUCCGAAUGUGUCAGCUAGGUUAACAAUAAACAGAAACAAUAAAUAAAACAAUAAACAUUCUACAAAUAUUCAUGAUGUAUUUAUUCUGCCACUGAUGGGGAAAUCAUGAGCAUGAUAUUGUUGCAUAUGAAAAUAUGUUUUUAUACAGGUAGUAUUUAAGCAUGCUUGUUUGUAACCGAUUCCACUUACAUUCAAUGUAAAGGUUGUGAAAUCAAUUAUUUUAGUUUUCUGGUUACUAAAAUGAGUUGUAAAAAACUUUGUAUUUUUAUUGUUGUAAAAAUAUUGUUACAUUGUUAAAAAUAAAAUGAGGAAUAGUAUUAAAAUCUUCCCUGUUUCCAC